AAACCAACAGAACUGGAGAGAAAUUGAAAUUUUUUGGGUUUAAACCAAAUCCUAUUGUACCUUUCUUCUUCCUCGUGGUUAACCACAUUCGGCCAUGAAUUGAAUGAAGCGAAACCAAACUGUUGAUUUUCUUCUUUAAUAGAUUGGUUUACCUAUUGGAUGAAGAAGAGCCACAACAUGCGCUUCCUCUUGCGCGUUCCAUGCCCGUCUCCUCCUCUCUGUGUAUUUGAUUACACCAAACCCAGACCAUAUCGUCCGCCGAAGCUCUCCUUCUCCUCUCCCCGCCGUUCUCGCUCUUCCCGUUCCCGUUGGAGCCACAACAACCAUGUCGAAAACAGCCAGCGCGUCAGCCUUAAACGGACCAUCGACUUCGAUUCCUCCGCCGAUAACCCCAACCUCAAAUUGCUCAUCCAGUUCGAGCCAAUAUCGCCCUUUUCUCACCUCGACCGCUUCGUCUCUUUAUCCAACGACGCUUUCCAAGACCUCAUACAUUCGGUUCACAUCGAUACCGAAACUCGCACCUUUCGACUCUCCUGCAGCAAGUCGACCCUUAAAUUCUUCGCCGCCGUCCUCGUCUGUGUGUUCCUCAUCGCUUUCGCUUUCAGGGUUUGCAUCAAGCUCGGUUCGGCCAUCCGGGCUCGGUUUUUGCCGAAACCCAAGGUUAUUGUUCGCCGGGACCGGAGUCUCGGAGGCAGAGAAGUGAUUGUUGGGACAAACAGAGACCAGGGUCAUCGUCAUCCUUCUAUUGAUUUCAAUGCUUUGGACAAUCCGUUAUCCUUAUCCACAACUUCAUCUCUUGCCAAUAUGACCAAUUAUUCACGCUUCCAUGUUAGUGAGAAAUUGCCCAAAUGGUGGCCUCAACCGGUUUCUGCGCCUAAAACUGCCUCCGUUUUCGAUUCUGAGUAUUACCAGACUCAGGCCAACAGAUUGAUUAAAGCAAUCAUCGAAAAUAGAUUGGCUGGAAAGGACUUUGCUGAGGACGAUAUAAUUCAAUUACGUCAAAUAUGCAGGACAUCUGGUGUGCGUGUCUCCAUUGACACAACAAACACCCGGGAUUCAUUGUAUCGUGCAGCGGUUGAGUUGGUUUUAAAUGUUUGCUGCAGGGGCAGGGCAUCGAGUCAGUCUACUGAUGUUCAGAUCGAUGGUGAGGAAGCUCGACAAUUCCUUGCCGGGCUAGCUGAAAAUAUUGGACUUGACAAUAUCCGUGCUUCUAGAAUGGCAUCCGCUGGUGUUGCUGCAAGAACACGUUAUUGUUUUUUGCAGGCUUGGGCUUUUGAAAUGCAAGGCAAACGUACCAACGCAGUGUCGGAACUGUCCAAGAUAUGUCUCAUGCACUGCAUUUUUCCUCCCGGAGAGUCCUCUCCUGAGAUGGAGAUGGUUGCACGAGGAUUGGAGAAAAUUUUGAAGGUGGAGCAGAGGGAAUUAUUGAUGACUAUGGUGGUAGCGAUUUGUAACUGUAGCGACGAAACCCGUAUAAGUACAUCCGAGGCUCUAGGUUUGAUUUAUUGACACUCGUAUGGCUUU